AAGUUAAAAUCCUAAAAUUGAAAAGUUGAUACAAAAGAAGAUAGCCUUCUUUUCAAAUUCAUCCAGUUAGGGUUAGGGUUUCAAAACUCUCGCAUUCAAUUAACAAACAAGAACAAAAUUGAAUAGAUAUGAUCGAGGUAGUGUUAAACGAUCGUCUAGGAAAGAAAGUAAGAGUGAAGUGCAACGACGACGACACCAUCGGCGACCUAAAGAAGCUGGUGGCCGCGCAAACUGGAACUCGAGCUGAAAAAAUUCGGAUCCAGAAGUGGUACAAUGUUUACAAAGAUCAUAUUACACUCAGAGAUUACGAGAUUCAUGACGGCAUGGGCCUUGAGCUCUACUACAAUUAAGUAAUGCAGUUAACUGGCUUGAUAUGUUGAAGGAGAAGGUUGCAUCACUAUACUAGUAAUUUCCUACUGUGUGUUGUAAACCUUCAUCUUGUUGUGUUGCACAGUAAUUUCCUACUAUGUGUUGUAAAUCGAUGUCUUGUUACGUUGCACAGUAAUAUCCUACUAUGUAUUGUAAAUCGAUAUCUUGUUACGUUGCACAUUAAUUUCCUACUGUGUGUUGUAAAUCAAUGUCUUUCGUAUUUCGUAAUGUUGGUUUAGAAGCAGGAAAGGAAGGAAUAUGAAAAUAAUUAGUAAAAUUUAUCCUUUUACAUGCUA